AUGGGAGGUUUCUCAGUCGGGCUAUUUUUCUUUUGCUGGUCUGCAGGUCCUCUUUUAGGUUCUCUAAACCUGAACCAGAAUGUGUUGUGGUCAAGAUCCGGCUCAGCUCGACGACGACGCAACAUUGAAGAGGCUGAACUAUUUAACAUCGAGGUUUUGUUAGCUGUGGAUUAUUCUGUUCUUCUUUUCCACGGCCGAGACCACAUUCAGAAAUAUCUUCUGACUCUCAUGAACAUAGUUAACGAGAUCUAUCAGGACCAUUCUCUGGGCGCCAACAUCAACGUUGUUCUGGUCAGAAUCAUCAUGUUGUCGCCAGCCAAAGCGUACUAAACUGUGACUCUGUUUCAAAGCUACUGAAGGUUUCUGGUCAGGGAACUUUACUGUGUGAAUGAACUAAAGUUGUUUUUG